AGGGCGCGGCCCCGGGAGCGCAGCUCCUUCCAGGGCAGAGGGCGGCGCGAGGGAGGGAGCGAGGGAGGGAGCGAGGGAAGGGAAAGGCGAGCGUGAGCUGCCUCAAAUGCUUGGAAUAAUUCCGCUUCCGUUUGGAAAGCCGCAGCCUCAGUCCCGCCGCCGCCCGCUGCGUCCGCCCAGCACCAGCUCCGCGUCCCGACCGGCCCGCGGCAGCCUGCGCCGCGCCAUGGCCACCUCCCCGCAGAAGUCGCCUUCUGUCCCCAAGUCUCCCACUCCCAAGUCGCCCCCGUCCCGCAAGAAAGAUGAUUCCUUCUUGGGGAAACUCGGAGGCACCCUGGCCCGGAGGAAGAAAGCCAAGGAGGUGUCCGAGCUGCAGGAGGAGGGAAUGAACGCCAUCAACCUGCCCCUCAGCCCGAUUCCCUUCGAGCUGGACCCCGAGGACACGAUGCUGGAGGAGAAUGAGGUGCGAACAAUGGUGGAUCCAAACUCACGCAGUGACCCCAAGCUUCAAGAACUGAUGAAGGUAUUAAUUGACUGGAUUAAUGAUGUGUUGGUUGGAGAAAGAAUCAUUGUGAAAGACCUAGCUGAAGAUUUAUAUGACGGACAAGUCCUGCAGAAGCUUUUCGAGAAACUGGAGAGUGAGAAGCUAAAUGUGGCUGAGGUCACCCAGUCAGAGAUUGCUCAGAAGCAAAAACUGCAGACUGUCCUGGAGAAGAUCAAUGAAACCCUGAAACUUCCUCCCAGGAGCAUCAAGUGGAAUGUGGAUUCUGUUCAUGCCAAGAGCCUGGUGGCCAUCUUACACCUGCUCGUUGCUCUGUCUCAGUAUUUCCGGGCACCAAUUCGACUCCCAGACCAUGUUUCCAUCCAAGUGGUUGUGGUCCAGAAACGAGAAGGAAUCCUCCAGUCUCGGCAAAUCCAAGAGGAAAUAACUGGUAACACAGAGGCUCUUUCCGGGAGGCAUGAACGUGAUGCCUUUGACACCUUGUUCGACCAUGCCCCAGACAAGCUGAAUGUGGUGAAAAAGACACUCAUCACUUUCGUGAACAAGCACCUGAAUAAACUGAACCUGGAGGUCACAGAACUGGAAACCCAGUUUGCAGAUGGGGUGUACCUGGUGCUGCUCAUGGGGCUCCUGGAGGGCUACUUUGUGCCCCUGCACAGCUUCUUCCUGACCCCGGACAGCUUUGAACAGAAGGUCUUGAAUGUCUCCUUUGCCUUUGAGCUCAUGCAAGAUGGAGGGUUGGAAAAGCCAAAACCACGGCCAGAAGACAUAGUCAACUGUGACCUGAAAUCUACACUACGAGUGUUGUACAACCUCUUCACCAAGUACCGCAACGUGGAGUGAGGGGCUGCCCUGGGCCCACCACUGCCCAGGAGCUCUUGCUGUUGGCAUACUGGACCCUCCUCUGAACUGCCUUACCCUGCUUAUUCCUGUCUCUUGCACUGUGCUCUCCCACAAGUCCAGCUGCAACCCAGAGAUAGUGGAAAUUGAAAUUAGGAAGGAAAUGAUCAAUAACUCAGUGGACGACCCAUCCCUCCCAGGCCCUGGGGACCAACCUAGCAGUGAAGGUUGGGAAGGUUGUUCCCACCCCGGUGCCAGGUCCAGAUUUCCCUCCGUGAUUUGGGAACCAGCUUAGGCAAAAGAGUCCCCACAAGAUGAAAAUAAAGAUCCUAGUUACCAUUCAAAUGGUGCUAACUGUGUGUCAGGCACCACACUAAGUGCUCUGCUCUGAUAUACUCAAGGCCAUUAAUCUUCAGGACUCCCAUUGAAGUAGAUGUUUCAUUCCCCUUUUACAGAUGAGGAAACUAAGGCUCAGAGGUUAAAUGACUUGCCAGAAGUUGGCAUUUUUUUUUCUCUUUGAACAUAACCUCUCCCUUCUCCCUAAAGGUAACCACUAUUCUGAGUCCAAUCAUCAAGGUUUUGCUUUUUUUGUUUUUGCUUUUCUUUAUAAUUUUAUCUAAGUAUGCAUUCCUCAAUAGUAGACAGUACAACAUGUUUAUAACAAGCCAAUUACAUUAUGUUCUUUGAAUGUUCUAAAGUUGUGUAUAUGUGUGCACAUACGAGCACGUGCACAUGUACACCUGAGCCAAAAAGACGAGAACUCACUGAUCUCACCACUGGGGCAAGCUAGGUCAGAGCUUAGUGAUUCACACUGAAAUUGGCAAAUUGGAUUUAACCCAAUUAAUAGUGUGUGUGUGGCAGGAGUCAAGUCCCUCAUAUCCUUUGUACAAAUGAAAAUUACUCUUAAUUCCUUCAGAUUUAUAAUAACUCUGUACUUUGGUUUCAGGAUGACAUUUGGGAAGGACUCUGUUUAGAAUUAAUGGAGUGGCACAUUUUGCAGCCUUUUUGCUUGAUUGCAUGUAAUGGAAAUGCCCUAUAUUUUCCUGCAAAAUAAGUACUAAAUUCAUUAUCAUUAAGCAAAUGUACAAUAUGCUCAGGCACCGCAGAGAGUUGGGCAUGGGCACGGGCCCAUGUGAGCAUCGCUUUGGAAGUAGGGCUCUUCAACAGGGACCCUUGAACUUUAAAGAAAGGAACUUCUUUUUGCCUUCUAAUUGAUCAUUUAGACUAUUCUGGCUAAGUCUGCCCACAUGUAAUUACCAGCUAAUUCAGGCAAGGAAAAAUGUAAGUCAUUUAGACCAAAGCCAAGCAGUUUCUUUGCGUGGGUUACUCAAGGGCUUGUGGUUACUUGUAUCUCCUCUAUGUGAACUUGACUUUGAAAGACAGAGCUCUAGUGUGCCAGCCUGCUAGGUCCUGUAAGAAUAGGGAAGAGGCAGAGGGGGGUGGGCAGUGACUAGGGGAUGAGAAGCAUGGGGAAAAUAUUUGCACUCUAAACAUACAGAGAUAGAGGUGGGGCUUGUGGUACUUAAAACUUGUAGCCAUCAACUGACCGAGACCUUGGGCUAAAUAAUCAAUUGUGCUGAUAUUACAUCUCAUUAUGGAAUGUUCCUAAAUAUGCCAGGUAGACACCAGCCCAAGUACCCUCCUCCAGAAGUCUGUGACUACCUUGUCACUACUUCAGGCCCAUUCCACAAAGCCCAUCUCUGGUUUGAGAAAUUCAUCUUGAUCUGUAUCUACACCACCCAAAGUUAGGCCUCCUAUAAUGUCCAAAACAUUCCUUUCAGCCUUUUUAUUUCUUACCGUACUGUCUAUCUGCAGUAAUUCAGGACCCAUAAAAUUUAGAUAACUACAUGUCUUUGCUUGUAGAAUUGUCACUCAGCAUAAUGAGCAUUUAACAUACAAAGGCAAUGUACUGUUUUGUGUUGAUCUAUGUAAAAGAAUACAAUUCUUUUUUACAUAAUUAGUGAAAUUUUAUUUAUUAGGAAACACUAAAUAGUGUAAUAUUUCUUUUGCUUUUUAAAAAAUUCCUGGUAGCAAAUCAAGAUAAAUAAUUGCUUCAUUUUCUUGAGCAAUACAGAAGCAGGAUGAAGUAAGAGGAAUGCAUUCAUUUAAACAUGCUUUGCUUUAUGAAUUUUGUCUCUUUUUUGGUCUUUUUUUCUUAUAUUCAAGUUACAAAUGUACAAGUGUCCUUACUAAGAGUGCUCCUUUUGUAUUUUACAUAUACACAGUGUGAAAAUACAUUGGAACACUAGGAAAGUUUUUAAAUAACAGUUCUAAUUUAUCAGAAAAUUGUGUUUUGGGAUUGAGUUCUUUGUCUCAGCCCAGAAUCCCAGGUCCUGGGCCUGGUUUUCUAAUGCUGUCAUCUCAUUUCGAUGUUUUACUUUAGAAUCUGGAAUCUCCUACUUAAUAUAUGACCAUGACUUUGAAAGGCAAAAGAGGAAUCAACAAUAAAUAAAACAAACUUAAUCUUCAUCUUUAAAAAAAAGAAAAAAGAAACCAAAAUGAGAAUCAACACUUUAUAGGCUCACUGGCUUUUGUUUUCUUUUCUCUUAAUUUAAACUCAGUUAUUUUUAAUGGUUAAUACAUACAUGGUGCAAAAUUUAAAAAGCGCAAAUAGGUAUCUAGUGGAAAACCUAAGCCUCCCUCUCUCCUCCGGCACCCAUUACCUCUCCCUGGAGGCAACUAUUUUGAUCCAUUUCUUACACACACUGCCAGAGAUACUCUAGGCAUGUAAAGCACAAACAUACAUAUAAAAUCUGUGGGCUUUAAGAAAUAUAAGUAGAAUGUCAUAUAUACUGUCAUACACAUUGUUUUUUAUCACUUAAUGUUAUAUCUUGGAUAUUGUAUUACCCUGGGUAUUAAAAAUACAUUUCACAUUUUAAAAUAACAAUCUGAGCACUUCAUAAAUCCAAAUGCGUAUCUCCAGUCUGCUUGAGCUAGGAAAGGAAAAAAGCCCGAGCUGAAGGAGGAAAGGCUGCCUAGACAAUGAUUUCAAAAGUAGAGACUAAAACCUAUGGGGUACAGGACCAGAGGCUGGGACGCAUUAUCAGAGGCAUCCUCAUGUGCCUUGAACUGAAGUCCUCUUUUGGAACGUUAUGGUGAAUUGUAUGCAGAUUGAUAAGGUUUCAUUUUUACAUAUUACCAGGACUACCAGUUUGUAAUCCACUAAGCAUCACAAAGGUUACUACAUACGCUAUAAUACCGUGCUACAAAGUCUAGCUGCCAGCAAUGCUGUGCUCGCCUGCUGUAUUAGAAGGCUCCAGUUUCACAAGUGCAGACACAGAGAUGACAUUUCCCGAUCUGGGAGAAGGUUUCUUUAUCAGCACGCACAUCAUCAGUGUUGCCUCGAGUUGGUUGCAAUUUCCAAUUGCUGCUAUUGGUACUUUUUAAUUAUGAAUUACUGUUAGCUUGCAUUAUCAUCAGUUUAUUUUGUUGUGGGUUGCUUGGUUAACCCUACAGAGUAUACUUGAAGCUUAUUUGCAUCAACAGUAUUCUGGAGCUGUAAUUUUUCAAUAACUAGACUCUAAGACAUGUAUACAUUGUGGUUCAAAUAGGAAUCAUCCAUAGUCCAGUGCUAGAACAAAUGUAUACAUAAUCCACUCCCCACAAAUUAUCACUCAUUUAUUUUUCCACUGGAAAAUAAGACUAGAUGGAGUCGGUAGGUGAAGCAGUUUUGCUGUGCCCAAGUGGAGGCUGAUCAAACAUAAUUUGAGGUCCCCUGCCUUUAAUACAGCUCCACCUCAGGAAUCUUACCUUUAUAAUACAUCCUAGACAUGCAAGAGGGAUAUGUCCUGAAAUCUUCACUAACUCCAAGAUUGCAUGUCAUUUCCCCCAAAAAAUUUGCUUAACUCUAUUGGAAAAUCCAAGAGAAUUGCUGCAGCUGCUGAAAACAAGAGAGCUGCAUUGAGCUGCAAGGCUGGGUAGGGUAGGCAGACUGACUCACCACCUAUGGGACCUGCCUCCACACAUCAGCUUCCCAAAUACUUGCAGAUUCGGGUCUUACCAAAAGACAAGUCAGUUUGAGUUACUCACAAUCAUAACUACAAAGGCUACAUUUACAAAUACCAGAGUUUCGAUUGUUUUUUACUCUCUGUUCCCUGAAAACUAUAACCCCAGGCUAGCUCCAAACUCUGCUUAUAGCCCAUGCUUUACUACAGUGGUGGUUGCAUUUGUGAAUACGUGCAUGUGUGUUCACGUGUUCAUGACAACAGCAAUGCAGCUGUGAGGGUGCUCAGUGCAGGGUGAGCAGCCCCCAAACCAAGCCUGAUGACCUUGAGAACCUCAGGCUUCCCAGUAGGAUCCUGCAAGAAAGCAUCUCUUAAAAAUAAAUUCUACAGGAUAUUAGUAAAUGUUAGAUGAAAAAAAAAAGUCACAUUUAAAUAUGUUUAGGAAACAUGAGGUGAAGAAAGUUUAGCUUACUGAGGCUUUUUGUUUUCUAGUUGGAGCCCACCUCAGAGUCCCCUACAUAAUGCAUAUUAGGACUUUCUAAGGGAAGACGGGGUACGAUGGGUCCCAAUCUUGUUUGAUCACAGGACCUAUCUGUCCCCUGAGAAAUUUCUAGGAUGAGUACUCUGAACUCAGGCCUUCAUUUAGUCAUGUAUUUGGCAAGUACAUGUUGAGUGCAGCAUGUCCAAGGGUGAGCGAGAGCUUAUAGUCUAGCAGGGGAGACAGAUGAAAAAUAACUAUGAAUCGAUGUUAGUUACAAAUUGUGAUGAUUGCGAUGGAGAAAUACUAAAAUCUAUGAAAGAGGUCUAAUGUAGAUUUGAGGUCAUGAGAAGUCUCUGGCAAGGCGGCAUUUUAAAGUAAUCCCUCAGUCAUGGAGCUGCUCCAGUGAGGAGCCUGCCACUCCAGGGCGCACCACAGAGGAGGAUCCCCAGACAAGAAGACCUGGCUCCCCAGAGAAGUGCAGAAAGCCAGCAUGGCUAGAGGACACAGAGUGAGGGAGAAGACGGAUCUGAUCGCAGGCAUCAGGAGUGCUGAUUUUUCUCAUUUGAAAAAUAAGUUGCCAUUUACCUUUUUAAAUGUUCCACUGUGUAGGAAAACUCUGGGGAAAGCUACGUCAGCCAUACGGAGUCUGGGACUGCCCUUCUCAUGUCAUACCAUGGUCCUGGCUGGGGAGUGGAGGAGACCAGGAGAGGAGAUCAGACCUCUGCCCACCCCAACACCAAUCUGGUCUCAGCAACCUCUGGGCAUCCCAUAGCACCUCCUAACCUGCUGCUGCUGAUGGACAGGAGCUCCUGGACUGCCACCCCCCAGCCCCUCCACAAUGUGUCCUGAGAAGAGCUAGGGGAACUGGACAGAGUGGACGAGGCUGCAUGUGUGGAGGGAAGGAAAUAAGGCCUACCAGGCCAGAACGCUGAUCCAUGGAGACCAGUGCUUCCAGCCCUCUCACCUCGGAGGAGCAUUCCUGUUUUACCAAUGGCAGGAGCAGGAAUCCCACCAUCCAGCCUGUGGGCUUGACAGGCUAUAAGCAAGCCUCCUGGAUGUGGAAUAAUACAUUUUCCUAAUUCAUACUAAUCAGCAUGAACUAUAACUGCUCCAAUGCCCACCACAUUAUAUAAAAUCUACCAAAAGGGGGUCACUUAAUGCUUCACAAUGUUUGCUGAAACAACUUUCAUAUGAAAGUACAGUUGGUCCUUGAAUGAUAUGGGCACCGACCCCUGAGCAGCUGAAAAUUUGCAUAUAACGACUCCCCCAAAACGUAACUAUAAUACUAAUAGCCUUACUGAACACAAUCAAUUAACACAUAGCUUGUAUGUUAUGUGCAUUAUAUACUACAUCCUUACCAUAUGGUAAGCUAGAGAAAAAAUGUUACUAACAAAAACAUAAGCAAGAGAAAAUAUAUUUACUAUUCAUUAAGUGAAAGCAGGUCAUCAUAAAGGUCCUCAUCCUCAUGGUCGUCACAUUGAGUAGGCUGAGGAGGAGGAGGGGUUGGUCUUGCUGUCUGAGGGGUGGCAGAGGCAGAAAAAAAUCCAUGGGCUGGGCAUGGUGGCUCACACCUGUAAUCCCAGCACUUUGGGAGGCCAAGACAGGCAGAUCACAAGGUCAGGAGAUCGAGACUAUCCUGGCUAAUGUGGUGAAACCCUGUCUCUACUAAAAAUACAAAAAAUUAGCCAGGCGUGGUGGUGCGUGCCUGUAAUCCCAGCUACUUGGGGGGCUGAGGCAGAAGAAUCGCUUGAACCCAGGAGGCAGAGGUUGCAGUGAGCUGAGAUCGCGUCACUGCACUCAAGCCUGGGCAACAGAGCAAGACUCCGUCUCAAAAAAACAAAACAAAACAAAACAAAAAUCCGUGAACAAGUGGACCCGCCCCGUUCAAAUCAUUGUUGUUCAAGGGUCAACUGUAUAUUAUUUUCACUGGAAGUUUUGAAAUUCCAGAAAUAUGCUUGGAAAUCCCCGCUUGAAAGCUCCUUGGUUGGAAACCAGUCCAGUGGGUGACUGGCCCAGAAUGAUGCUUCUCCUCGGUGGCCCCCCUGGGCUGAGCAGCCUGGGUUCCUGCCUCAACUCCCCUGAACCCUCCUGAACUUUCUACACACAUGUGGGCACUGGCUUUGAUACUGGCAUUUGGAAGGGCACUUGGGAAAUUCAGAGAAGUACCCAUUAUUAAGAUAAAUGAUGUUUUUUCAAUGAA